AGAUCUUAUCAUUGCAUACAUAAUUUAUGAAAAUGGCAAAUAGUUUUGCUGCAACGUAUGCCCAUCAGUAUAAUUUUGAUCUCUGAAAUUAUUGCGCGUUAUAAUCUGGCGACGAAAUGUACAUAUCAGAAAAGGGUACUUUGAAACGUUGUGGCAGCAAGUUUUAUGCGCAUUUAGGAUUGCUCCCCUCCCGCCCCCCUGGAGCGCGCAGGGCAGGACAAAAUAAUUAGAGUCCCAGUGUGAGUCGGUCGUUCUGUCCUUGCUCUUUACCUUUUGCGUGGAAAAGAAGACGCAGCACUAGUGGACAGAUAUCCGAAAACAAUUGACGAGUUUAAAAAAACACUUUCGGGAUCGAACAAACUUUUCUUUUUUAAUAAAUCGCUCAUUUUUCCUCUCAAUGGGACCUUCUAUCGUGAUCAUCUUUGCUUUAUGCGGCUUUCUAAGUGGACAACCGAUCGAGCCAAUAUCGGUGGAGGAUUGCUGUAAGGAUGGGAAAGAUCGGGGGCUGCAGAGGCAGGACUGCACAGCCUUGCCCCUCAUUUCAGAAUCUACCACCUGCAGGAUAGCCCAGGAGCAGUGUUGUGCAGCGGUUCUGGAGGACACUGCCUGCACUAACGGCAUAAACGCAGCCAAGGACCAGGGCGCUUGCGAGAGCCUCUUGUCUGAAAGCACCUGCGAGACCAAAACAGCCAAGAGUUGCUGUGACUGUUGCCUGCUGGGUAAAGCCGCGCAAGAGCAGGGCCUGGGCUGUGAUGUCAGCCUGACCGUUGGGUACCAGUGCGGGCUGGUGUUCCGUGCCUGCUGCGUGGAUGGCAACCCAGAGUCAGAGGCCACGGCCAAUACAACUGCAGUCCCAGCCAAAGGGAACCUGAAUCCCAAUGAAGGGGAUGACCCUCUCCUCUCUGACCAGUGCAAAGGAGCUGAAACGUGCCAGCAAAGGUGUACGGGUAAUGCCACUUGCAGUUGCUUCAAAGGGUACAGAAUGAAACUGGACCAGAAGAACUGUGAGGACAUUAACGAGUGCCUGCUGGGGUCCCAUCACUGUCGGGUCGGCGAGCGCUGUAUCAACACCUUGGGCUCGUACCGCUGCCAGCGUGAGGUCAGCUGCGGGACCGGCUACGAGCUCACUGACUCCAACAACUGCAAAGACAUCGACGAGUGUGAGACGGGAACCCACAACUGCGUGGCGGAGUUUGAGUGCCAGAACACGCUGGGCUCGUUCCGGUGUCACCCGCGGGUGAAGUGUGGGGACGGGUUCAUCCAGGACGCUCUGGGCAGCUGCAUCGACAUAAAUGAGUGUCUGAGCGAGGCGGGGCCCUGCGCGUCUGGCCAGGUGUGCCUCAACACCGUGGGCUCCUACACCUGUCAGCGCAACACCAUCAACUGCGGCAGGGGGUACCACCUGAACGAGGAGGCCAUGCGCUGCACGGAUGUGAACGAGUGCUCGGGGUCCGACACGCCCUGUGAGGGUCACACCUGCAUUAACCUGGUGGGGACUUUCCGCUGUGAUUGCAAGUCGGGGUUCAACUUCAACAGCCUGACCCGCACCUGCGAAGAUAUAAAUGAGUGCAGGCAUUUUCCUGGACGGCUCUGUGCACAUAAAUGUGAAAAUGUACAGGGGUCCUACGAAUGCAGCUGCAUGGUGGGAUUCCAACUGGCAGCCGAUGGCAGGAACUGUAACGAUCUCAACGAGUGUGAGAGUAACCCCUGCAGUCAGGAGUGCGCAAACGUGUAUGGCUCCUACCAGUGCUACUGUCGCCGUGGCUACCAGCUUAGCGACAUCGACGGGAUCACCUGUGAAGACAUCGACGAGUGCGCCCUGCCCACGGGGGGGCACAUCUGCGCGUACCGCUGCGAUAACACCCCCGGAAGCUUCCAGUGCACCUGCCCCUCCCCCGGCUACACUCUCGCCUCCAACGGGCGUAGCUGCCAGGACAUCGACGAGUGUGUGACAGGUUCGCACGGCUGCUCUGAUGCGGAGACCUGCUUCAACGUGCAGGGGGGGUUCCGCUGCCUGUCCUUUGAGUGCCCGCCCAACUACCGCCGCGCCGGGGAAACGUCCCAGAUCAACGAGGCGGACACCGUGCGCUGCGUGAAGUCCUGCCAGCCGAACGACAUCACCUGCAUCUUGGACCCCAUACAUUCCAUAUCCCACACCUUCAUCUCCCUGCCCACUUUCAGAGAGCAGCCUAUGCUGGAAGAGAUCGUUUUUCUGAGAACCAUGUCCUUGGGCCAGUCCAGCACCUCUGACAUCAUCUUCAGCAUCCUUGAGGGGAACCUGCAGGACUCUUUUGACAUCAUCAAGCGCUUCGAGAAUGGUCGAAUCGUGGGUGUGGUGCGACAGGUGAAGCCCAUCACCGGGCCGGUGGACAUCGCCCUGAAGCUGGCCAUGAACUACGUGACAUCGGGUGCUGUCUCCCACCAGAACAUCGUCAAAGUCAAUGUCUUCAUCUCAGAGUUCUGGUUCUGAGAGAAGGUCACCCACCCACUGCAGUUGUGCUCAAUUCCAGGAAAUUAAUUGAAAAUCUGUUCAUUAUUGGGGACAGGAAAUAGAACGUUAUGGACAUUUCUUUUUUUUAGUGAUAAAUUAAUUUCAAAUAAUUUUUUUUGGAAUUGACUGAGAUCACAAUGCUGGCCACCACCCCUCUUAACCCUGCACCCCACCCCCCCACACUUAUCCCACUGCACAAACUCUCCUCACAGGUAGUGUGCUACAGUAAAGUAUGCUUCAGGGCCAGUGUAGACUUUGAAUGCCGGCACGCUAUACUACAGCACACUUACCUCCUAGUGCCUCUCUCUCUCAGAGGGGACCCAGGUUUGCGAGAGUUUGAAGAGUCUGUCACAUUAUGAAGAGGCCAGGCACUCUCUCACUGACAGCUUAUUUACCACAGCACCGCUCUGUGUUUCUAUGUGCCUGAGUAAAACGGGGUUUCCCCAGUCCUAGUCCAGGGGCACCCCUGCACAUGCUGGUUUCCAUUCCAAACUGAAAUGUAAGUCCUAAAGGGGUAGUCCAGGGUGAGGAUUUGGGACCCCUGCAGUAUAUGACAGCUACAGAGUACACAUAUAUAUGUUUGACACGCUACACCCAGUUCUGCGCACUCUUUGCAACUGCCACUGCACGUUAAGCCUAUAAAAAAGCCAAUAUGACUAGAAAUCUGCGGUGCGAGAUGCUUUUCCUACCUUGGCUUUAAUAAUGUUUAUGUUGAUUGCAAACUUGAAGAGGAGGGGGGAGAAGGCGAAGAACAGAAAGAAUAAGCUGUUAAAUGUACAUUAUGUAGCAUUAUCCUCAUGUGUGUGUCUGUAUUUGUGUGUGUUUGUGUGUGUAACAUUUAAUUUCAUAUGGACCACAAUUUAUGCCUGUAAUGAUGUUAUUAAAUAGUGAUUUGUA